CCGCCUCAUUUUACCAUGACCAAGUCGAAGAACCAAAAGAAGCAACGGGACUCGUCGGUGCGUGGGUUUAGCGCCAACAAAGCGGCCAAGAAGGUGGCCAAGAAGAAGCUUCAAAAGAGCAAGGCCGCGGCCGCUGCUGCACCUGCAGUGACCAAGCAGUCUGUACACAGCCUGAAGGCCGGUAAGGGCAAGAGCGCGUCUGGUCUGUCCGCGAUGCAGGAACAAAUGAAGAAGCGAUUGGAAGGCGGCAAGUUCCGCAUGCUCAACGAACAACUGUACACAACGACGGGUGAAGAAGCCUUCGAGUCGUUCCAAGCCGAACCCGACUUGUUCGACACGUACCACGAAGGGUUCCGAGAAAUGGCCGAGAAGUGGCCAGCAAACCCCUUGGACACGUUCAUCGAGUACGUCAAGCUGCACCCGAAGGCAGUAGUGGCGGACUUUGGCUGCGGCGAUGCGCGCCUGGCCGCCAGUGUCACCAACACCGUGCACUCGUUUGACUUAGUGUCGCGCAACCCCAGCGUCGUCGCUUGCAACAUUGCCCAUGUCCCGCUGCCAGAUGAAUCGAUCGACAUUGCGGUGUACUGCUUGGCGCUGAUGGGGUCUACUUUGGUUGAGUACUUGCUGGAAGGUCGCCGAGUCCUCAAGGUGCACGGUGUCGUCAAAAUUGCCGAAGUGAAGAGCCGCUUCGAGACGGAUUCGUUGGGCGGCAUCAAGGGCUUUGUGAGCGCCAUGCAAAACCUCGGUUUCGACUUGAAACACAAGGACGAGAACAACAAGAUGUUUGUCACGUUCGAGUUUGUCAAGGCCAAGCGCGUCCCCAAAGAUGGCGUCCAGAUUGAAAUGAAGGCGUGCGAGUACAAGCGCCGAUGAACUAGCUGGACGUGAUUUGUGUUCGUUGUGAUUCGCUAUAUAUAAAAUGCUUUUUCUCCAAUUAAAUUAUGUG